AUGUCGGCAACAAAGUCUAAGAAACGCGGUCGCGCGAGGACCCAAAGAUAUACAAGUAAUGUAUUUUCAAUGUUUACUGAGGCCCAAAUCAAUGAAUUUAAGGAAGCUUUCUCAAUAAUUGAUGGAUCUAAGGACGGAAUAAUUGACCAAAGUGAUUUAGAAGAAGUUUUCCGUUCGAUGGGGAAAAAUCCAUCUGAGGCGUAUCUGGAUGAGAUGUUGAAACAAGCCCCCGGUUGCAUCAACUUCACCAUGUUCCUGACGCUGUUUGGCGAGAAGAUGAUGGGUUGUGAUCCGGAGGACUCCAUUUUGAACGCAUUUGCAUGCUUUGAUCCGAACAACACCGGUUAG